AUGAGUGGGAAAAGAAAACUCGUCGUCUUAUUCGGCGCGAAUGGAUACGUCGGUCGAGCCAUCGCGAAAGAGUUUGUGAGAAGAGGCACGGUUGAACUCACCGCAAUAUCGCGUUCAGGCGUACCGCCUCCCAACGAGGAAGGUAAAAACGGAAAAUCGUCGUCGUCAUCAUGGACAGAUAAAAUCAAAUGGGUCGCCGCGGACAGCACGAAACCAGAUACGUACGCCGAACACUUACAAGGCGCGAGCUGCAUAGUAACGUCUAUUGGUGUGUUGCCUUUUGGUAUAUCGAAAGAGGAUUGUUAUAAAGGAAACGCAGACACGAACAUAAUUCCCGCAAAAACAGCGCAAAAGGUACACGGGUUGAACCGAUUCGUUGCAGUAGGCGCCUCGUUAGGGGUCGCCGGUGCGCUCGUUCCGGGAGCGAAGCCGUACAUUGAAGGAAAGAUGGCGGUGGAAAAUUUUGCAAAGAACGAGUUUGUGCGCGAUGGAAAUAAUGAACAUACGAAUGCGAGAAGUAAUGAUAGUAAUAGCAAUAGUAAUAGCGCAUCGCCGCCGACGACGCCGCCGCUCGCGGUGGUUGUGAAACCAGGAGGUGUUUCGGGAACGAAAAGAGUAGGGGAGAAUUUGAACUUACCGCUUUGGAUGUUGAUGGAUCCAGUAACGAUGAGCGUGUCGCCAAAGCCGUUGUAA